AUGUGGUUUUCCAAAAAUGUUUCUCCCAGUGACUCUCUGAACGCCAACGACAAUAAUAAUACCACAACGCCCACUGAUAACCAGUCUAAUAACGAUGGAGUCCCGUACAGGGGUCCAUCAUUGAGCACCAAAAACCCCAGUUUGGGACUUCAGGCAUGGGGACCAUUGGUGCCGGCCUCAGAUCAUAAAGAAUGUGUGGUGCUCUUGGCGUCAAUCCAAGGCGGGCUUGCGAUCUCUGCGUUUGUUCGCGCCAUGAAGAUUAAGUAUCCGAUAAAACCUGUUAAUUCCAUGACGAUGUUCAGCCAGCCGCGACAACAUCCCAAGCUCUCACAAGUGUUUUUAAAUGUGUUGUUGAAGGCACCGCUAUUGGGGCUCGCGGGGGUAUUUAUCUUGGGCAGUGGGGUCGAGCUUGGAAGAAUGUUCCUCCCGUAUGAUCCAUUUUACGAAGAAGCGAUGAGAUUUAGAAAACUGCGUGAUGCGUCAACUGACGAAAUGGUAUUGGCAGGAAAAUUUAAACAAGAAGAUAUAUUCACUUCGAAACUUGAUCAGUUUUUCUAUUACUGGCAUGGGCCAUCAGACGUUCUCAAGAUCGGGUUAGAUGAUUGGCUUUAUAGAAUGAAAGCGUGGAUCAUGCGGAGAGAAUCCGAAGAAAAACGCCAGGAAGAAACUGAACGGAAAGUGGUACAGACUCAUCAAAUAUACCAAAAAAUCAGAGAACAAAAUCGAAAAGAUUUCAAAGAGGUCAUGGCUAGCCCUCAAAGUUAUGAGGCGUACCUUCUCAGAUUGAGGACUAUCGAUAGAGAAACCCUGAACGAUACAAAACCAACUAGCGUAGAUAAUAAUGAUAAUGAUAAUAAUAAUAAUAAUAAUAAUAAUAAUAACAAUGAUGAUGAUGAUGAUCGAGUGAUUAGAAUCGACGGGGACAAAGAUCAAGAGCUUUUCAAUGAUGAUUUUGACACUUUUUGGAAAAGAAACGUCAACCCGUGGAUUAGAUUAAUCUCCGAAACUUCUUGUUCUCUUUUCACCAUUCCAAUUUCUCCUGACUAUUCAUACGAAAACUCUAAAAAAUCAGAUGAUUCUAAUAAUAUUCAAGAUAUCAACAUACCAAAUGAUCCAAUACUUCCGAUCGAUGGUAAUCAAAACUGA